AUAUCUGGUAUUUCGUGGAUGUGUAUGUAUAAACCGAACCGACUUAGCUCAGAUGUUUGUUUGUUUGUUCAUGUUCGGUUUAUAUUAAAGCCCUAAUUUCAUUUGGCGCUUCCUAAAUUUCCAAUUUCGAAAUUCGCGGGGAAUUCAAUUCUCUUCCAAUUCCAUCAUCUCCCGCCAUACGCACCCAACAAUUCAGAAAUAGUGAAAAUUUCGAUUGGCGAUCUGUCUCUCUGUACUCUCAGUUUGAACCACCAUCGAAGCCAACAUCACAGUUGGCGACAAUGGCGGUGCCUUCAAGCUCACGGGAUGAUUUAUCUGAUCAACAGAAUGGGAAGACCAGUAACAGUGAGAAGAAGGAAGAAAAAUCUCGGAAACAAUCUGAGAUUGGUUGUUCAUCGCCGGCCAAGAAGAGCGCAAAGUGCGCAAGUUUUGAGGAUCAAAUCUACUCUUCUUGGAAUGGGAAGACUUGUCAUCAGUGCCGUCAUAGAACCAUGGAUUUUGUGGCUGCCUGCAAGAAUCUGAAGAAGGACAAGCCAUGUACUAUCAAGUUUUGUCACAAAUGCCUCUGGAACAGAUAUGGAGAAAAAACAGAAGACGUGGCAUUUUUGGGGGACUGGAAUUGUCCGAAGUGCAGAGGCAUCUGCAACUGCAGUUUCUGCAGGAAGAAGCAAGGACACCAACCCACUGGUAUACUUAUACACACAGCCAGGACAACUGGUUUUUCCUCUGUUUCAGAGAUGCUUCAUGCUAAAGGCCCUGAAAAUUUUGGUAUUAAAAAGAUUGUAAAAGGCAUUGAUGUUGGGCCAACACAUACUCCACCUCUGCCAUCAAACCUUGAUGAGAGAAAACGGAAGAAAAUGAAGCAGGAUGGGUUAAAGGACAUAAAAGAAGGCAACUCGAUUGAUGGGAUUAUGUUGAAGGAGACUAGUACCAAAAAAUCUCGAAUUUCUAAUGGAGUCUCCAAGAAAGAGGACAAAACUAGUCAAACAGUUGGAGUUCUAGAAGAGGAAAAGAAACUGGAAACAAGGGUUUCUAAGGGAGUUUCAUAUAAACUGAUUAAACGUGAAAAGAAUAAAGAACAAAGGCAUAGCAGAAAACAAACAAAUGCUAUGAAGCUCCAAAACAAAGAUAGUAAUCCGGACAUCCCAUUGCCUCAGGGCACUGAGUUGACAACUGUUGCUGGAAUUGACCUACCACUGGAAGCUGUUGGCCAUGCCUUGCAAUUUUUGGAAUUCUGUGCUGCUUUUGAUGAGAUUCUUGAUUUGAAGGAAGGGGAGCCCGAAUAUGUACUUUAUGAACUAAUACGUGGGGGACGUGGGUGCAAAGGAAGAUUAUCUCCAGUUGUCCAUUUUCAUAUCCAAUUGCUGACUCUGAUACAAAAGGACUUGGGAGAGAACUCUCCAGUGAUAACUCCAAAAGUUGGCAAAGAUUCAUGGCUGAAUUCCCUACAAAAUUGUACCUCCAGAUCCCCUUGCAUAUUGAAACAGCUGAAGCUGGACCGGUUUGGUGGGGAAGCUGAUGAUUAUGAUAGUUUAGACUCCUCAGAAAAGCUUAGACUAUUAAAUUUUCUUUGUGAUGAAUUUCUUUGCACUGCAAAAAUAAGGAGUUGGAUAGAAGACCAGAAUUCAAAGUUUGCUGAAAAGGUGAAGGAAGCAAAAGAAAGAGUUGUUGCUGCAAAGCAUAAGGAGAAACAAUUGAAGCAGAAGAUGCAGGAUAAGGUGGCCGAAGCUAUCAUUGCAAAAAAUGGUGUUCCUCUUUCAAUUUCUGAGCAUGAAGCUAUUGUUUCACAAAUUAAAACUGAAGCAGCUCAAGCUCAUGCCGAGAUGGUGGAAUCAAAAGGCAUGUUACCUAAGGAGAAACAAAAAUCUGAUGUUGUUAGAACAGAGCCUAUCCUUUCGGACAUUAACGGGCGCACAUACUGGAGAUUAAAAGGAUAUUCUGACGAAUCUAAUGUUCUUCUUCAAGAUGUGGGAACCUGGGAUGCAGUUGGGUCAGGUGAAAAAUGGAUCUCCUACAAUUCGGAACAGGAAAAAGAGAUAGAAAAAUACAUUUAUUCUGUAAGGAAGAGAAGGCUAAGCUCUCAAAAGAUUACUGAUGGACUUUCAUCUAGAAGUAUCGAAGCAGACCUGAUUCAAUAACUAAUCUAUCACCUCCAGUCAGUGCAAUCAAGCAGACAGCCAUGUAAUAAUAAUCAGGUGACUUUUGGCUGCAACAUAUCCUAGAAGGGUUCAAAAGCUGGGUUCCGUUGGUUUGAUGAUUGAUUGUGUGAAGUUACUUGCAACUUUUUGUAAGUUUACAGUGUUGUAUGAUUUUGCUCAUUCUUAACUCAGUUUUAGACUUUAGAAUAUUCAAUUAGACUAUUCUGCCAUUGUGUAACAAUCUGGGGAAAGUGAUUCUCCAUAUGUAUUUUUACUGUGCUACUUCUAUUAUUGAGAAGCAGUUAAAUAAGGCUAGCUUCCUGUGUAACAGGCAUGUUUACAUAUUUGUGCUAUAAGUUGUAACUUGUAAGCUUAGAAAAUGAUAUGGCAGUUUUUGAUCUCCAAUUCUUGUACAUUUGUCAAAACUGAAUAAAUCUUUGGCCCCAUUUUUUUGUUGUAUAAA